CGUCCCCCACAACCAUGGCGCACGAAGCCGGGAGGAGCUCCCGUCUCGGGGGUCCCUGCGGGGAGCCGGCGGAGCUCGGAGGUGAUGCUAGCGAGGAGGACCACCCCCAGGUCUGUGCCAAGUGCUGCGCACAGUUCACUGACCCAGCUGAAUUCCUCGCCCACCAGAACGCCUGCUCCACCGACCCUCCUGUGAUGGUGAUAAUGGGGGGGCAGGAGAACCCCAACAACUCUUCAGCCUCCUUGGAACCCCGACCUGAGAGCCACAGUAGCCCCCAAGUCAUGGACACCGAGCCCAGCAACCCCCCGGAUUCUGUGUCCUCUGGGCCCACGGAUCCCACCUGGGGCACAGAGAGGAGAGGAGAGGACUCUUCCGGGCAUUUCCUGGUCGCUGCCUCAGGUACAGCGGCUGGGGGAGGUGGGGGCCUCAUCUUGGCUAGUCCCAAGCUAGGAGCAACCCCCUUACCUCCAGAAUCCACCCCUGCACCCCCACCUCCUCCACCACCCCCUCCACCCCCAGGGGUGGGCACUGGCCACUUGAACAUCCCUCUGAUCCUGGAGGAGCUUCGGGUGCUGCAGCAGCGGCAGAUCCAUCAGAUGCAGAUGACGGAGCAAAUCUGCCGGCAGGUGCUGCUGCUGGGCUCCUUAGGCCAGACGGUGGGCUCCCCCGCCAGUCCCUCAGAGCUGCCCGCGACCGGAACUGCCUCCUCUGCCAAGCCCCUGCUACCCCUCUUCAGCCCCAUCAAGCCUGCCCAAACUGGCAAGACACUGGCGCCUUCCUCCUCCUCCACCUCCUCCUCCUCAUCCUCCUCCUCCUCCUCCUCAGGGGCAGAAACGCCCAAGCAGGCUUUCUUCCACCUUUACCAUCCGCUGGGGUCACAGCACCCCUUCUCUGCUGGAGGGGUGGGGCGAAGCCACAAACCCACGCCCGCCCCCUCCCCAGCCCUGCCUGGCAGUGCAGAGCAGCUGAUGGCCUCUCCUCACCUGGCGUUCCCAAGCACCACAGGACUCCUGGCGGCUCAGUGUCUUGGGGCCGCCCGAGGCCUUGAAGCUGCUGCCUCGCCGGGGCUCCUGAAGCCAAAGAACGGCAGUGGUGAGCUGGGCUACGGGGAAGUGAUGGGGCCCUUGGAGAAGCCUGGUGGCAGGCACAAAUGCCGCUUCUGUGCCAAAGUCUUUGGCAGCGACAGCGCCCUGCAGAUCCACCUCCGUUCGCACACCGGGGAGCGGCCCUAUAAGUGCAAUGUCUGUGGCAACCGCUUUACCACCCGCGGCAACCUCAAGGUGCACUUCCACCGGCAUCGGGAGAAGUACCCACACGUGCAGAUGAACCCACACCCAGUGCCCGAGCACCUAGACUACGUCAUCACCAGCAGCGGCCUGCCCUAUGGAAUGUCUGUGCCCCCAGAGAAGGCUGAGGAGGAGGCAGCCACGCCUGGUGGAGGUGUUGAACGCAAGCCCCUGGUGGCUUCCACCACAGCACUCAGUGCCACCGAGAGCCUCACACUGCUCUCCACCGGCGCGGGCACAGCGGCUGCGCCUGGGCUCCCUGCCUUCAAUAAGUUUGUGCUCAUGAAAGCAGUAGAGCCCAAGAGUAAAGUUGAUGAGAACACCCCCCCGGGGAGUGAGGGCUCGGCCAUCAGUGGGGUGGCAGAGAGUGGCACAGCCACCCGGAUGCAGCUGAGUAAGCUGGUGACUUCGCUCCCGAGCUGGGCGCUGCUUACCAACCACUUCAAGUCCACUGGCAGCUUCCCUUUCCCCUAUGUGCUAGAGCCCUUGGGGGCCUCGCCCUCUGAGACAUCGAAGCUGCAGCAGCUAGUAGAGAAGAUCGACAGACAAGGAGCUGUGGCAGUGGCCUCCACUGCCUCAGGAGCCCCCACCACCUCUGCACCUGCCCCUUCAUCCUCCGUCUCUUCCGGACCUAACCAGUGUGUCAUCUGCCUCCGGGUGCUGAGCUGUCCCCGCGCCCUGCGCCUGCAUUAUGGCCAACACGGAGGUGAGCGGCCCUUCAAAUGCAAAGUGUGUGGCAGAGCCUUCUCCACCCGGGGCAAUCUGCGUGCCCAUUUCGUGGGCCACAAGGCCAGUCCAGCUGCCCGGGCCCAGAACUCCUGCCCCAUCUGUCAGAAGAAGUUCACCAACGCUGUCACCUUGCAGCAGCACGUUCGGAUGCACCUGGGGGGCCAGAUCCCCAACGGUGGUGCCACACUCCCUGAAGGAGGCGGGGCUGCUCAAGAGAAUGGCUCUGAGCAGUCGGCAGUUUCUGGGGCAGGGAGCUUCCCCCAGCAGCAGUCCCAGCAGCCAUCACCCGAAGAAGAGUUGUCUGAGGAAGAGGAGGAGGAGGAGGAAGAAGAGGAGGACGUGACUGAUGAAGACUCCCUGGCAGGGAGAGGCUCCGAGAGCGGAGGCGAGAAGGCAAUAUCAGUGCGAGGUGACUCGGAAGAGGCAUCCGGGGCAGAGGAGGAAGUAGGGGCGGCGGCCGCGGCAGUGGCAGCCACAGCCGGGAAGGAGAUGGACGGUAGUGAGAAUGCAGCUCAGCAGUCUUCUCUGCCAGCGCCGCCGCCACCACCGCCGCCGCCGCCUGACAGCCUGGAUCAGCCGCAGCCAAUGGAGCAGGGGAGCGGUGAUGUGGCAGGAGGCGUGGAAGAGGGCGGCGGCACAGCAGAGGGCAGCUCCAGCCCGGCGGCCGCGCUCGCUCUCGAAGCGGUGGGCCCCAGCACCAGUGUGGUGGAGGAGCUGGGCUUGCAGGAGGUCGUGAGAAAGGAGCCAGGAGACAGCAGCAGCCGCAAGGCGUGUGCAGUAUGCGGCCAGGCCUUCCCCACGCAAGCGGCCCUGGAGGAGCACCAGAAGACCCACUCCAAGGAGGGGCCGCUCUUCACUUGCGUCUUCUGCAGGCAGGGCUUUCUUGAGCGGGCCACCCUCAAGAAGCACAUGCUGCUGGCACACCACCAGGUACAGCCCUUUGCCCCCCACGGUCCUCAGAAUAUCGCUGCUCUGUCGUUGGUGCCUGGCUGUUCACCUUCCAUCGCUUCCCCGGGGCUCUCCCCCUUCCCCCGAAAAGAUGACCCCACCAUCCCGUGAGCCUGUUUUUCUGCCGCUGCUGCCCUUGGAAACCGAGGGAGCAGAAGCCGAGAGCUCCGUAGAAGGACCUCCAAGAUUUGUGAGCCCUUAUUUUGUCUUUUUCUUUGCUUUCUCCCGUGAUACAUCCCUAGUGGCUGUUCCCUAGUCCCUGAGCUUGGAAAUUGUGCUUUCAAGGGGGAUGGCCCCCUGAGGAGUGUUUUCCUUUUUUCAUUUGUUGUACCUGAGAAAAAUAGAUUCUCUACAGCUUUCACAUCCUCGAGGGGGAACCCUCUCCAGCUCCCUGGGGUCCCCCUUCUCCCCACCCCUCUCUUUUUCCUUCUCCUUUUGGCAGGUGCAGCUGAGCACCCAUGUUUGGAAUUGCAGCCCAGCUCACAGGGGCUGGCGCUGUCUCUUGAGGGCCCAGUGCCACGCCUUUCUGGUGACCAGGUCGACCAGUAGGACUUCCUGCCCAGCUGGUAGGGGUGGGUCCCUAUCAUUUUGGAACCGGUACCUGGCUUUCCUGUCAAGUGGCCUGCCCACCAAGCCCUAAGGGUCCCUGUUUCACCUCUGCUACUGCAGCAUCCCUGGCACCACCAGUGCUGUUUGGCCCAGGAACUGUGACUGGGAAGUCGCCCCCAACAGUGGGGUCCAGAGAGGCCAAGGAGAGGACAGCCCCCCUUGUUCUAUCUUAGCCUCCUGUAUCCAAGGCAUGCCUGAGAAGCCCAUCGUAGCAGAGGCGUAACAAACUGUACAUUUCCUUGUCCCUCCCCCUGUUCUAGAAGGUGCCAGCAAUGAUUCUCCAGUAACUGGUAUCUCAACCCUAAAGGGGUAGAGGGAAAUGAAUGCCACAGGACACUCAUCCCAGCAAGUCCCUUGACAGACACAUUAAGGCCAAGGUGUUUGCUGGUUGGUGUGCCAAGACCUCUGCAGCUUCUCCUGCCUCGUGGCCUCUCAAAGUUGAGACACAAGCAUGUUUCUUGCCAAGAGGUCUCCCCUGGGAUAUUUUGGGAAAUACUAGUUCAUAUCUUCAGUGAGCAUUGUUGGUGAGGGGUGGGGGCUGAUAGAGUAAUGAUGGAGAGCUGAGGAAUCGCUGAGGGUUAGGGCUUGCUGGGAACCUGUGUAAUUAAGGGACAUGAUGGGAGACGGGGGAUCUCGAAUUCUGGUGGAUGCGAACAUUCUCAUGAGUGUUCUUUUGGGCUAAUAGUGACAUGUGUGCAGCAGUGCACCCGGGAUCAUGGGGGAUUUCCUAGCACUACUGUGCUUCUAGUCGUAGAAACCCCUCCUUUAUUGCCUGGCCCCUUGUCUUUUCCUCAUCUUCCUCUCAAGACCCUUCCCUCCUCACUUUGCCUGUCCAUGGCCUGGGGCUUUUGUCUUUGCCGCUGUCUGGCUCUCCAGAGUCCCAGCCUUUAGGAGACAGGCUCCAGGAGAUGUCCUCCCUGCCUCUCUGUCUUGUAACGAGAUGUAGUGUUUACUCUUAACAUAGGAUCAUGUGGGACAGGAGUCCUGAGGAGGAGAGCGAGGGUUUGCCUGUUGACAGACUUGAGGUUGGCACUCCUCCAAAGUUGUGGGCUCCAGAGCUUCCUAACAUAGUGAAAUGUCACGAGCAGACGGGGGAGAUAUUAGUGUC